CUGUUUGACAUUUGUUCUAAUGAGAGCAGGGGGGUAGGUAUCCUAUUUAAACAUAUUUAUUGUAAGAAAAAGUGACAAACAUUUUAAAUGUUAUAAUCAAGUAACCGAUAUUUAUCCAUAAACAUGAUUCACAAACAAAAGAAUAGUCUAAAAAGUAUUGAAGAAUUCUUAGACAGUGAUGAUGAAUUUCCAGAUAACUUUUUUGAAACAGCGGAGGUUCCUGCUUAUUUAGAUGAUGACAGAUUUGAAGAGAUAGAAUUUAGUUGGAUAAAACAUAAUAAAUUACUUAAAAAUGAACCAAAUCCAAUUAAAGAAAAACCCACAAACGUUGAAGUGGAAUCUAAAAAGAUAGUGGAGCAAAAUAGGCUCUCCAAUAGACAUAUAGUAAAAGGUACACUCAGUAAAUGUGAUAUAUUAUGUUUAAAAUCUGUGGAAAAGAAAAUCCCAAAUGACAUUUUAUUGUGGUUUGCAAAUUUUCUGAUGUUCAAAGAUAUGCAGUCACAUUUUAUGACACCUAAAAGCUGUCUUGUUAGUGAACCUGUGAGUGUUAAAAUUGAAAGGCAAGAAAAUAAUAUAAACAAACCUGAUAAUGUUAGUCACAGAGGAAAAUUUACAUACAGAGUUAUAAUAAGUAAAGAAAGUAAUUAAUAAUUGAA